UCCUACCCACACACCAUCCCGUCCCCAGAAACUGACGGCGAUGUCUGAAGAAUCCACGGCGGAGGCGCCCGGUGACGCGGCGGCGUACCACGAGGAAUACCUGGGAGUCCCCGGCGUCCGGUUCGCCCCGACGGACCAGGAACUCAUCGUCCACUACCUCGGGCGGAAGCUGCGUAACGAGCCGCUCCCCACCGACCUCGUGGUCGACGGCCGCGACGCCUAUGCGGAGCACCCCAAGAAGCUCGUGCCCAAGCUGGGCGAGGGCAUCGGGGGCGCCUGGUACCUGUUCUCGCCGCGGGACCGCAAGUACGCCGGCGGGAUGCAGCCGAAGCGGGAGAUGGGCGACGGCGAGGGCCGCUGGAAGGCGGUGGAAGCGGAGAAGCUGGUCCUCGGCGGCGCCGACGGCAAGGAGGUGAUCGGGGCGAAGCGCGCGCUCACGUUCCACGAACAUUCCCACCAGGUGGACGCGCUGGGGAAGCGGAAGCGGGUCAGCAGCAAGUCGAAGCCCACCAAGUGGAAAAUGGUAGAGUUCGUCUCCAUCAACUCCAGCAGGGCCGCCCGCGACGACACCGCGCCCGACCCCAUGCUGUUGAACGAAUUCGUGCUGUGCAAGAUUACAAACAAGUCGCUGAGGGCGGCGAAUCCGGAUCCUGCUCAGGGCGACGAGAAGGAGGAGAACGACGACGACAACGGGGAGGAGGAACCGGCCCCUGACGGCGGCGGCGAGUCACAGGAGAAGCACCUUCCAGAGCAGCGGCCCGCAGGCGGUGGCGGCGCCGGGGCACAAGGCGAGCAGCAGCAACCACCACCCGGCGGCGGCGCCGGGUCGCACGGCAAUCGGCAGCCAGCUGCAACCGAAGCUCCGAGCUGGGGACACAUAGCGGCGCUGCCCGAUGAUGACUACCGUGGCGCAAAGUACUUCGUCGGCGUAGAUGGUUCGAACCGGUCCGGCACUAACAGGCUCAGCGUGUUCGGCUCCGACGACCACAUCGGGGCGUUCUACGGCGGCGGCGCCGGGUCACAUGGCAAUCGGCAGCCAGCGACAGCCGAAGCUCCGCACGGGCAACACAUGGCGGCGCUGCCCGGCGAUGACUACCGCGGCGCAAAGUACUUCGUCGGCAUAGAUGCUUCGAACCGGUCCGACACUAACAGGCUCAGCGUGUUCGGCUCCGACGACCACAUCGGGGCGUUCUUCGGCGGCGGCGACUCACUGGGCACGCAGCGCGCGGGGCACCGACAAGAAGCGUCGGGCGGUGGUGCCGGAUCAUCGCCGGACGAGCAGCAGCAACCGACGCCAGAAGCUCCGAACGGGGGAGGUGCGGCGGCUACCGGUGCAGCUUCACAACAAUCGGACGCAAAUCUGUGCCACUGGGAAUUUUGUGAUUCUGCCAUAACUUUUGCAGAUUUUGUUGGUAGUACUUAAGUAACCAUUUGGACGAUCUUUGCCGUGACAAUUGGGAGAAUACUUUG